AUGGAUCAAAACACCAAAAUUAACAAAAGUUUUCUAACAGAACGUUACAAGUUCGUUCUAGCUCCGAUGGUUGACCACAGCGAACUAGCUUGGCGCAUGCUUUCGAGAAAGUACGGUGCGCAUGUCACGUUCACCCCAAUGAUUAACAUCAAGCAGUUCAUGAAGGACCCGAAAUAUCGAGCUAAGGCAUUGGAAUUUUCGGAAGAAGAUAGACCGUGUAUUGCACAGUUUUGUGGGAAUUCUCCUGAAUUGUUUGCGGCCUCUGCAAAGGUAGUAGAGAAGUACUGUGAUGGUGUUGAUCUGAAUCUUGGAUGUCCACAAGGAAUUGCUCGCAGAGGUCACUAUGGAUCGUUUCUUCAAGACGAGUGGGAACUCAUAGCAGCGAUGGUACGUACGUGCAAAUCCACCGUGUCGGUGCCGGUAUCCGUGAAAAUACGCAUUUUCCCAGAUGUUGAGCGAACUAUUUCCUACGCCAAAAUGCUAGAAGCUGCUGGAGCCUCUCUUAUCACCGUUCAUGGACGAACCCGGGAACAGAAUGGGCCUCGGACCGGAUUUGCGGAUUGGUUGCAGAUACGGGCUGUCAAGGAAGGAGUUAAUGUUCCGGUAAUCGCUAAUGGGAAUAUCAUGUGUUUCGAAGACAUAGAUGAAUGUCUUAAAGUUACUCGAGCCGACGCGGUCAUGAGUGCAGAGUCUCAAUUGUACAAUCCGACAAUAUUUUCGGGUCUGGAAUGCACGGUCUUCCAAAUGGCCGGCGAAUAUAUGAAUUUUGUUGAGAAAUAUCCCUGUCCGUUAUCGUUUGUUCGAGGCCAUCUCUUCAAACUUUUCCGCAACACAAUGGAUGUUCACACAGAGAUGCGUGAACGUCUCGCCUCCUCGCGUACGAUGCAAGAAGUGGGAGACUUCGCACGUGACCUCAGGACAAUUUGUGAGAAUGAAUGCAUGCUGAAUGGAAACUGGUCAAUGUCUUCCGAGCCACGGGGGCUAGCUAAACCACACUGGAUAUGUCAGGCCUACGUUCGGGAGCCGAACCCGGCAAGGAGCAGCACAGCGUCUUGA